GCCAGCUUCACAUUUCAACGACUGUGGCUUUAAAACUUUCAGUCAUUUGCGUCUGCUCCAUCACACUCCUUCCUAGCCUGUUUGUAACGCAUGCUCGAUAAACUCGUUGGACUCGCGAUGCUUGUCGCUGCUUCAGUCGUCUUUCUCUAUUACACCAUAUGGACGCUCUUGAUGCCUUUCGUCGACUCGGAUCACCCGUUACAAAAUAUGUUCCCGCCCCGAGUCUGGGCUAUCCGUAUCCCUGUUAUCCUCAUUCUGCUUGGCUGUGCGGUGGUGGGAUCGUUCUUAAGCGCGGUGAUGAUUCGAAGCAACCGGAAGAAGGCGGCGAAAGCAAAGGCUGCUGGAAAGAAGAAGGCAUAAGGUAGACUUGAUAGUGUAGGAUUGGAGUCUUGGCUGUUGUCUUGCUGGAAGAGCUCGUGGAAGCGUCAAUUGCCCGUCAUAGCGUGAGAGUAAACUUAGGUGGCAGGCAAUCACGAAAGGGGACACCUUGCAGGAAUGUGGGAUGGGUAUUGUCCAGCGCAGAUGUUCGAAAUAUACCCAGGCGGCUUCUUGAUAGCGGCAAAACACAUUGUAGUCGCAAUGCUCCAUGAGCUCUUGUAGCAAAACAUCGUAUCCAAGGACGGUCCGCCAUAAGAUCUACAUUUGAUCUGCUGAUCUGAUCGGAUUAAUGUGCAAAAGCCAAUUGUACGACUUUGCCGUACCUUGCAGAUACGUAAUCAG